AUGGGAUGUUGCGCCAGCAAGGGGCGUGGUUACGCCGCAAACCAGACGACCAUGUGGAGAUCGACGGGCAUCGUCGCUCUGAGGGACCGUGGAUUGAGGGUGAGGACCUUGGCGUAUGCUUUUUAAUACUGUUCGUCGGAUUGGAAACAUGGCUAAUGGUUUCUCGAUGCGGAAUGGUACCACCGGAGCUAACCACGAAUAUACCCUAGUCCCUGGGAACGUCUCGAGCUUUCCUACAUGAAAUUGGAUGUUUGGGUAAAUGAAAUUGGAAUACGACAAACCGAUGAUCGCUUGUCGACGGGUUUUGAUUGAACUGAAGUUACGACCGUGAAUGGAAACUGAAGAUUGAAUAUGAAUAGUCGAGUUUAGACUUACCGUGCAAUACGUAUCUCAAUGUGGUACUAAGUUAAAUGUGUAUGGUUUUUAAACUUUAUUGGGUUUACGAUUGGCUCUUUCUUUUAUCGUAGGACUACUUUCUUCUUUGUGAAUCGUCAGUUGUUAUAAACUGAGAAACGGAAUAAAAGGUUUAUUAUUUAGCACCAACAAUCGUCUCUUCCACUUCACAUUGAGUUGUAGUUUCUCUACGUUCCUGCUCCCAGCUAAUCCCACUCAGGCAUGGCCUCAUUCUUGUAGAUGUGAUAUUAAUAGAUAUGCUCAAGAAACCUGAUUGAUUGAAAUAAGUCCAUUCAGCGUGAAUGAUAAAUCUCGAAGAGGUUAUCAGAGUUACAGCUAUAACCAACAGAAAAUAUUGCGCUUGGAGAUGAACACGUGCAAUUUUUUUUUUUCAAGAAACUGAUUCAAUGAGAUCAGAGUUAGGGGAAUGUCUGAAGAGGGAAAUGAAAUAGGAAGGGAUCGUAAACAGAAAGGACGUGGAGAACUGUCUAGGGGAAAGACUCUUAUGUGCCACGUCCCCAUUCUCUAUUUAGAUUGUUCUGUAAUCCUCCGUUGAGUGUCAGCCAGGAGUAACAAAUCAAUUUUUUUGCUGUUUGGCAAGCAUGCCAAACCAAGGUUCCUGUUAAACCGUUGACUCAACUUGAUUCGAACGUACAAUAGACAACUUUCCCCUAUUUAGUAACCAAGAGAUCAUUUCCAACACCAAUAUACUCAUUUUCUGGUUCAGAUUCCUAUUAUGUUGGGUCUUCUCUCUUCUUUUGAGCUUGAUGGAGUCAUUACUGAAGUAUAAGAAAUUAGUAAUGGUUAUGUAAUUUAGUUUAUCCGAGUGUUCAAAGGUAGAAUAGGGUCUAUGUCGUCUAGUACAGGUUUGGUAGAAGGCAAUAAUUACUCUUCAGCUUAACGUACCCAGUGUCUCAACAACAUAACAUUUUGUGGAAAUGCUGAUUAGUCAAAAUGAAAGGAGCCUAACAUCAGGAAGGCCCGUAUUUUACAGUUUAUCAGGUGUUCAUGCAUCAACCUCUAGAGAAAAAUAAAUUAUUUGCAGUAAUCUCACGGGAUGUGGAAAUUGGAUGUGGAUGUGCAGAUAUGGAGAAUUCGAACUCGGGCUUAUUAGAGAAUUUGAGGAUUUAAUUACGCCCAUCAGUAUAUGCACUUGAUUUGAAAUUUUUAAGAUAUGUAACAUAGUACAUUUCUUGAGGCGAUUCUUAUUUUCUAUGCUUAUUCAGGAGGUUUGGUUUGUAGUAUGUUCAUUUGUCUUUUCCUCUGUAGACAAUUGCGCCUCUGAAAAUAUCCUUUGCAUUCUAGAAAAAAAUUAGAGUUAGAAGAUGCUAUGAUUUAGAGCGUUUGGCAUAAAAUGAUCUUGCUUUAGAGCGCAGAUUUUGAAUGCUAUGAUUUUAUCAAUAUUGCCUGCUUUUAGUUUUAGCAUGUGCGUUUUUUCGCUUUUUUAUACCAUUAUUGGAUUAAAUUUUCGUAUCUUGAAACUCAUCUUCGCUUGUUCAGUUUUAUAAAUAUUAAAUCAGCGAUUUCCGACUGUUUUUUUCCUACUUUAAUAUGGAUUAAGCAGAUGUGAAAAAUAGAUCUUUCAUUGUCCUUCCCACAUAUAAUUCUAUGUUUCAAAUUUCAAUCUUCCUGGAUUAGGCAUUGCCGAGAGAAGUUCUGGAAGUAGACAAAUUUAUAAGAACACUUGAUUUGACAAACAACAAAAUAGGUAAGAUCAUUUUUAUGGUAAUAUGAUAUAUUCUGUAUUUUCUAUAUUUUGGCAUCUAUUUUUUGUUUCCAUUUAACUCGUGGUUCAAUAUGAAUUGAUGAAGAAAAUCUAUAGCGUUUAACUUCUCCAUCAUAAUUUAUUAUUGAUAAUAUAAUGACAUUUUUGUCUGAGGCACAUUGCGCAUUAUUCGUUGGUUAUGCUGAAAUAGUAGAUUGCCUUUUUUUCUCCGAGUUACAAAAUCACCCAUAAAGCUCGAGGAUUAUUGUAUCCAUUAUCCACUAAAUAAUCCACUAAGUAAAACUGACGCAUUACACAUUAUUCGAGAAAGUUGUUGUUAGUCUGGUACUGGCGGACUGAUAAUAUUGCAUAAAAAUAAUAGGCGACAUCAUAGAAAGUUUAACUCUUAUUCUCAUUGUGAAAAUUCAGGUCAUUUUUUUCACCCCAGAGAGUAUGCUAUAGUAGAGUAGUUGAAAAAGAAAAAGAGUGUAAAAAACAAAUAUUACCAGCACGAGAAUUGCGGAUUUGUUUCUGCCUGAAUAUUCCUGUCAAGUUUCAACCAACGAAUUUAUAAAAUACAUUAAUAUGAAAUUUAUGUUCCUCUAUUAUGACUUCUUCAAACACGGUCUUCAAUAGUUCUUGUAUCCAACAUGGGAACAUAUAGUAAAUUAGGGGUUUCUUCUCGUUGCACAAAAUGUGGAAUGCGUUGAAAAUAUUCCAAUCCUUUAAGUUCGUCACGCUUUAGAAUCCUUCAUAGAUGUUUUUUAGUGAUAAAUUAUUAUUAUAAAUCAUUAAGAAAUCAUCGUGUAAAUCACUAUUCCUUCAAUAUCAGAUUGUAAAGCUUCCCAGUCACUCUCUGCCCUUAUUCUUACCAACUUACUCCUGGCAGGGUUCUCUAGACAUCACUGUUAAACGGUGGGAAUCUUGGUCGAGAAAUAGAUUCUUCAAUAAUUAAACAAAGUAUUCUCUGGAUGCAAGUAAUUGUAGUUAAACAAGUAACGCGCCUUGAAUUUUUUUUUCAUGAAUGAUUGUGGAUUCGAUUUGCUGUGUUUUUCGCACAUCUCAUUCACUGUGAAGUGCUAAAUUUCCUUUGAGAGCUUGCCUCAGCUUUAUCCUCCAGAGAUGUUUAAUUCUGUGAAUUUCUGAACAGGGAAUUUAGAUCGGAGAAUGUUUUGAAGGAAUACGUCCACGGUUUUGGUUCCCAAACUGUCGCUUAAUUCAAUAGUUAGAGUAUAUUCCUUGUUUACCAGAAUAAUAGAUAUCCUUCUCAUCAACUUCUUGAUCAUGGACUCAUGAUGCACUAACCAGAGGAUCAUGGACUAUGUAUGCACAUAAGUUCAUUGUGUUCCACCAUCUGGGCUGUUACGAAUAUUCUUCAUACAAAUGAUCUUAAUGCUCGUAAUUGAUUCAGUAACUAAAAUGCUUAUGGACUUUAGUGCUUCUCGCGCUCACAGAAGUAAAUCGUACGUUUAGAGAUUCGUAGUUGACCCAAUAAACCUGCCCAUCUUCCCUGGUUACCCUGGCUUUUAGGGCUGUCUUGUAUUGAUUGAUGUUUUGUUGUUAAGCUUUCCGAUAUUGUCCAUCUAAACUUUUUAAAUGGUUUUUCCGACCUCUGCUUAGUUAGGUUGUGGCCUUUAGUAUGCAACACUUUCACUCUCCGUCAAACCAUUAUGUCAUCUCUAUUACACUGUCGUCAAAGUUAGUAAGCACUUGUCCAAGUGAACACAAGUUUCGUGCUGUGCAAUGUUCAGUGCUGCCCUUUUCUUGCCUUAUCCUGGGGGCUUUCCAUUUUUAGUUUUUAAUUGUCUUAGUUGAGUUUAUGGGGCUGUACAAAGUCUGAAACUAUGAAAAUUCUCCGAAUUUCUAGGAUUGUUAAACUAAAAUGAAGCUUUCGAGAGGAUUACUUUUCCAAUGCUGGAAGGAUCCCAUAUGGACAUUUGACGUUGAACAAAGGUGAUAGGUAGUGUAUGUUUUGACAUGAAUCAAUAAUAUCAAAGGAAAUGUUUAUUUUGACUCCAAGAGUAUUUUUAUUUCCUUUUAUUCAUUGUAUCUUAUACAUCGUUAGUAAUUUUCUGGUUUUGUUGAUUGUUUCUGCAGCUAUGAUUCCGAUGGAGAUCAGUAAAUUAUUCAACAUGCAACGUUUGGUGAGCUUUACUUCCUUAUUGAUCAAUGCUUUCCCAUUUAUAUGCUGUUAAUUUUGUCGAGUUCUCAAGUGAAGAAAAGCCUGGUGGGAUUAUCAAAACAGGAGCAACGGUUAAGGGAUUUCUUGCUUUCAGGUCUUAGCUCAAAAUAUUAUUGAACGCCUACCUGCAAGCCUGGGGGAUAUCCACUCUCUAAAAGUUCUCACACUUGAUGCAAAUAAAUUGAGGACUUUGCCUGACGAGUGUAAUUUUCUGACUUAGACAUAUCCUAAUUUUAUUGAGUAAAGAAAUUGAGCUGAAACAGAUACUUCCUAGUUUCAUAUUUGACCGUUGUUCAUUUCUCCAAGCCACUUAAUCUUCCUGCCCUUACUUUAUUCCUAAAAAAAUAUAAUUACCUUUUUUUUAUCCUCUUUCUAAUUGCAUAUUUCUUUUAUGUUUUUCAGUGGGCUUUCUUGUCAGGCUUGAGCAAUUGUCUGUCGCUGGAAAUAUGUUAACAAGCUUACCUGAAACGUUGGGUAAUCUAAAAAAUGUAAGUCUUUUUCGACAUGGCGAAAAGUUUCGACUAUUGUCUGUAGCCGAAUUAGAUAUUUAUUGUUCUAAAGGAAUCCCCUUCAAUAGAUGAUAUCCUCGAUAAUCCCUGUUGCCAGUCAUUUCAAAUGUGCCCAUAUUCACAAUAUUUGCUUUGGAUGACAAGGUGGGGUGGUAUGUUACAGUGUGAUUCCAUAAGAUGAUCUUUCCAUUGGUCUGCCCAUCACAGUCUUUCACAUGAAAAGGUUAUUUCUGUGGCAGUCAAAGGUAAGGUAAACGUGGAGGAUGAAGAUUGUCCUGAAAUUUGGAGACACUUUACCCAAUUAUCUUGACUACCCCAUGUUUAAUUAAUUAUACUGCACUUAGAUGCUUAUUAUCUCAACGUGGGAACUACCUAAAAGAUUAAUGUCAGCUCUUCUUAAAAAAAUAGGGAUAUAGACAAAAAGCAGAUUCCAGAAAAGCGAAAUGUGGUUGAUAUUUGAAUAAAAAAAUAAAUCUCAAUCGUAUUCUACUUCUUAUGUGUAAUUAUUUGAAAAAUAAAAUGCAUCCGAAUGACCUAUCUUCCACCCAAGAUUUUGUGCAAGGAAGAGUUAUGAACUGUGAGGAACACUGCAGGAAUGGAAGUAGAAUGUUAGCCAGAACUAGGAGAAAUGGAAGUGUAUCUACCCUGAAUCUGAUGCCUUUUUAUUCUAUUUCGAAAUAGUCACUUUUUUUAUACAGAUUUAUUCCAAUAAAGCACUGUUAUUUAGAUCAUUACAAAGUUCAUAGCUUUCUUUCAUAUAUCUCCCCCUUGUAGCAUCCAAUCCACCAAAAUUGAUAUGAGUGCUGCACUCUACUUCACUUCUAAUCUACUUUAAUUCUGACAAUGCAGCUAUUGAUCUUGAGCGUGUCUAACAAUAAUCUGAAGUACCUUCCACAAUCCAUCGGGAGUUGUCUAGCCUUGGAAGAAGUGCGUGCAAAUGGUAAAUAUUUAAUCUCUUGACUAACUAGUCUUACAAGUAUAGUGCCUUCCGCAACAUAUUAUUGCCUUAAAUAGUAUCAGAGAUUGUUAAGAAGGUUUUUAAUGCCUCCUGGUGCCUUCUGAAUAAGAGGCAGAAGUCCUGUUGUCGGUCGCUUGAGGCUGAAACCUCUGAUUUUUCACCCAAUAAAAAUUCAAUAAUAAUAUAUAUUUUUAAAUACGGGAAGAAUUUAUAUGGACAUCUCUUCUCAGAUCUCAAUACCUGGCUUUUAUUCUGUUCAUCCAUUUUAUGUUCUAACUAGAUAUGAUUCUGCGUGCAGAUAAUUCAAUCGAAGAUCUGCCGCCCUCCAUCUGCCAGCUUAUUCACUUAAAAUCUCUCUCCUUGAAUAAUAACCGCUUACACAAGGUAUAAUCAAUGGAUCAUGAAAGCCCCCUUGCUAUAUAUAUAUAUAUAUAUAUAUAUAUAUAUAUCUAUAUAUACAUAUAUUUCAUGUUUUUGCUUGCUCUUCUUCUUCAUACAUUGGCCAAGUGAGGCAUCUUAUACCGAUUUAUAUCUGCACAUCAUUGAUGGGAAUCCUGUUCGUGACUAAUCGACAGCUGCCUCCGAUGCUACUGAGGGAGUGUAAAGCUCUGCAGAAUAUCUCUCUUCAUGAGAAUCCGAUUUCCAUGGAACAAUUUCAGCAAGCACGUUCUCUCCACCCUCUCAAACACAUGAACAAAUUUAAUUUCUUAUUUUUUAUUUUCUUUAUCUCUCACACAAUUCUUUUUGUUUUUCUUUCUUUCUUUGCAGACGGAAGGAUUUCAAGAUUUUGAAGCUCGGAGGAAGAGGAAGUUUGACAAGGUGAUUGACUCCAACGUGAUGAUAAACUCUCGAGGCCUGGACGAGGGCAUUGACUUUUAA